AUGGGAAGUAUAUCAGUUGGAAUUACUCAGGUUUUGACCACAAUACUAGGAGUGUCUCUAAUAGACAGGUUUGGAAGACGCCCACUUCUACUGAUAUCUGCAACUGGGACUUGCGUAUGUUGUGCUACAAUUGGAUUAUCGUUCUUCUUAAAGGAUCUUCAAUUUAGUGACAAAUUUACUCCUGCUUUGGCUCUCUCGGGAUUACUGGUAUACUUCUUUGCUUUUGGGCUAGGCAUGGGAGCAUUACCAGGAAUUAUAUCAUUAGAGGUAUAUUAA